CACAAACCCCUCUCUCUAAACACACACACACUCUCUCUCUCCUUGACUGUAUUCUGUCUCUCUAUCCUCUAUCCUCUCUCCAAACUUCAAUAUGGUUCUCGGCGAAGUCGGACAACGACCCCUCCACUCUGGACCAGAAUAACACCACUCCAAAUCUCCAGAUCUCUGCACCCUGGCAUGGACCCCUGCCGGAAGCUCCGGCAUCCGCCGACAGUCCUCCCCGCCUUAACGUAGAUCCGUAUCCGCCGGAAAACCAACACCCCAUCAGCCCUUCGAGUUAACGACACACAUGCCCCUGAACGAAAAGCCCCGAAAAACUUCCACGUCAAUUUAGCCGUACGACACACUCUUGAUUUUCUUUGCGGCUGGCUGGCUUUCUCACAAUGGCGGCGACUGAUUCCACAACCCUAUCCGUCGAGCUAUCAUCAGCCGACGAGGCGGCUACGAAAGCAGUGCACAAGAGGUACGAAGGGUUAGCAAUGGUACGGACCAAAGCGAUUAAGGGCAAAGGGGCUUGGUAUUGGGCGCACCUGGAGCCUAUCCUUGUUCAAAACUCUGAUACCGGCUCACCUAAAUCAGUUAAACUCAAGUGCUCUCUCUGCGACGCCGUUUUCUCGGCUUCGAACCCGUCUCGAACCGCUUCGGAGCAUCUCAAGCGAGGGACUUGCCCCAAUUUCAAUUCCUCAAUUUCCCCAACGCCCAUAUCCUCUGUUUCCCUGUCUUCUUCUUCCAUGCCCACUCUAACCUCGCCUCCUAGUAACCGAAAGCGCUCUUCUUCCGGCGUCCGAGGUGCUGCUGCUGCUUCUUCUUUCCAGCUUCCACCGCUUGGUAUUGUCGAUCCGUCGCGGUUUUCAGUAGAGCUUGCUUACCCGCUGCCGGUGUCGGUUGCUACUGUUGUUACUCCCACUGCUGGCGGAGGCGGAAGUGGGUGUUCUUAUUAUACUCAACAGCAGCAGCAUUUGAUGUUAUCAGGUGGGAAAGAAGACUUGGGUGCAUUAGCUAUGUUGGAAGACAGUGUGAAGAAGUUAAAGAGUCCCAAAUCAUCACCUGGGCCAACCUUGACAAAAACCCAAAUCGAUUCAUCCCUUGAUUAUCUUUCCGAUUGGGUCUACGAAUCGUGUGGGUCGGUCUCAUUUUCAAGCCUCGAGCACCCAAAGUUCAGAGCUUUCCUAAACCACGUCGGAUUGCCGCCGGUUUCGCGACGAGAAUUUGCCGGUGCCAGAUUAGAUGCUAAAUACGAGGAAGCGAAAUCAGAGUCAGAAUCAAGAAUCCGAGAUGCCAUGUUCUUUCAAAUUUCAUCCGAUGGGUGGAAGUCAGAGAAUUUGGUGAAUUUAGCUGCGAAUCUUCCCAAUGGGACUAGUGUGUUCCGAAGAGCUGUUUUCACUAGUGGGGAUGUUCCUUCCAAAUAUGCAGAGGAGCUUUUAUGGGAAUCGGUAAGGGGCAUUUGUGGAAAUGCUGUGCAACAAUGUGUAGGUAUAGUGUCAGACAAGUUCAAAGCCAAGGCAUUGAGGAGUUUAGAGAGUCAACACCAUUGGAUGGUAAAUCUUUCCUGUCAGUUCCGAGGGGUUAAUAGUUUGAUCAAGGACUUAAGUAUGGAGCUUCCAUUGUUCAGCAAUGUGGCAGAGAGAUGUCUAAAACUAGCGAAUUUCGUCAAUAGCAAGUCUCUACUCCGAAACUCCUUCCAUAAGUAUCAGUUGCAGGAGUAUGGGCAAUCUGGGUUGUUAAGAGUACCUAUCAAAGACCACGAUAAAUCCAACUUUGGAUCCAUCCACACUAUGGUGGAGGAUAUAUUGAGUUCGGCUAGGGCACUUCAGUUAGUCUUGCUUGAUGAGUCGUACAAGAUCGUGUCCGUGGAGGAGCAAGUCACUGGAGAGAUUGAGGAAAUGCUGAGGGAUCCUCAUUUUUGGAACGAAUUAGAGGCAGUCCACUCGGUGGUUAAACUGAUCAAGGGAACGUCUCAGGAAAUUGAGAAAGAAAGGCCACUGAUAGGGCGAUGCAUUCCUCUUUGGGAUGAGCUGAGGGCUAAAGUGAGGGACUGGUGUUCUAGAUUCCACGUUGCUGAACCUCAUGUGGAGAAAGUGAUCGAUAGACGGUUCAAAAAAAACUACCACCCGGCUUGGGCUGCUGCGUUCAUACUUGAUCCACUGUAUCUAGUUAGGGACACCAGUGGGAAGUAUUUACCCCCAUUCAAAUGCUUGACACCUGAGCAAGAGAAAGAUGUGGACAAGCUCAUAACCCGGCUUGUAUCAAGGGAAGAGGCUCAUAUUGUUCUUAUGGAGCUUAUGAAGUGGAGAACCGAAGGGCUUGAUCCAGUAUAUGCACAAGCUGUGCAGUUGAAGCAGAGGGACGCCAUUACAGGAAAAAUGAGAAUUGCUAAUCCCCAGAGUAGUAGGCUUGUGUGGGAAACUCACCUUACUCAGUUUAAGUCAUUAGGGAAAGUUGCAGUUCGGUUGAUCUUCCUUCGUGCGACUUCGUGUGCGUUCAAGUGCAAUUGGUCUUUCUUGAAAUGGGCGAGUACCCAUGGGCAUUCCAGGUUAGGUAUGGAUAGGGCACAGAAGUUGAUAUUUAUUGCUGCUCAUUCAAAGCUUGAGAGGCGGGACUUUUCAACUGAUGAAGAGAAGGACGCGGAGCUGUUCGCAAUUGCAAAUGGUGAUGAGGAUGAUGUACUGCAUGAGGUCUUUUAUUGAUGCAUCUUCCGAAAUUUAGCUACCUGGGGUGGGGUGAAGAGGAACAUGAAUGAGAAUUUGGAUUAUGUGUAUUCAGUACUUGGGACACUCAUGGUUCAUUGCAAUGCUCACUCCCAUCCAAGCGUGAUCAAAGGGAUUUGUUGAAAAGGAACUGUUUUUUCUUUUUAAGAUAGGAUGCUGCAUAAACUUGAGUUAUAGAUGUUCUAACAUAUAAAAUAUUUAUGACGGGGAAGCUUUUCAUUCUCCCUUGGCUUUUUUAUGUUCAAAAUUUCUAAUGCGGAAUGAAUUUCUAUGGAGUUUGGUCAAUUCCUGUUAACUUCUUUCUUGAACUUGCAGUUUGCUUCUGGACUGCAAUUUAUAUGUUCAUACUACCAUUAAUUGUAGAGUUCUUCGAUAUGAAGUUGACGGCAGUAUUUGUUCGAAGCAGCUUUAAUCCUCUAUAUAUUGACUUUCACCUCACCUUUUUUCUGAGGGAAAAAAUAUUGACUGAAAUUAUAGUUUGUGUGUAUGAUAGCGAUAGAUCCGGAUUAACCAACACUACAAGAAACAAUAGUACAUUAUUUGUGACAGGACUAUUCCCAUUGCAAAAGGCUGCUUUUAGCGACGGGAUGUUGUCUCGUUGCGAACGUUCAAGUAAUUGCCACGGGAGAGUGCCCUGUCGCAAAUACGAAAAUCAAAACACCCGCUCUUAAUUUUGCACUUUAUUUUCCCCUCUUUUAAAAGUUCACCAAUUUUUUAGCGGAAAGAUUAGGGGUGGUUUCAGUACUUGUGAAAUACAUUGAGCACAUUUGGUGACCAGUUUUCUGGUCGCCGAAGGGUUGAGGCUGAGCCACACAUUGGCCCACGCACAUUCAUCUCUCUCUAUCUUCAGUUCGGAACAGGAGAAAAAAAAAAUCUCAGAUCUGGCACUGAAGAACUUUGUCUCCCCCUUGCUCCUUCCGCCCACUCUCCUCCUUCUCCUCUGCUUGUUUGUUUGUGUGUGUGAUGACACGGGAAAAUGAGGAUGUAAGCAUCACCGGUCUCCGCCAUUUGCGAGCGAGAGAAGUUUCCAGAAAUUAAGCCCAAUUUCAGAGAACCCA